AUGGGCGCUGCCGAGGGACGGUCCCUGCUCACAAACCCCCGUGUGAGAGGCCGUGGUGGUGAUGCCGUGGUGGUGAUGCCGUGGUGUCACCUCUGGGCAGAGCCGGCCGAGGACUCAGAGGAUGAGGAAGAGGAGGAAGAGGAGGUAGAGAGUAAAGACCCACCGAAGAAGCUCAAGAAGAAGCUGCCCAAAGAGCCCCCCUCAGGGGAGAGCCGGGAGAAGAAGCUGAAGCCAAAAGGAGACAAGAGUGACUCUGAUGGCAAAGCCAAAUCUGCCAAAAGCACCAAGAAGGAGCCCAUGUCCAUGUUCCAGGUGAACAGGGAGAAGGAGAAGAAAAGCAAGAAGAAAGUCCCCACUGGCAGUGAUGAGGAGGAUGACUCUGACUCCAGCACCAGACCCAUCAGGUCGGAGAAGAAGAAAAACCCGGCGUCCCUCUUCCAGACAGGUGGGGACCCCCCCAGAGAGAAGAAAACCAAAAAGAAAGCUCCUCCCAAAGCGGCUGACAGCGAGGAGGAGACCCCAGAGACCCCCCCGAAAAACUCCAACAGGAAAGGGAAAGGGAAGAAAUCAAAGAAGAAGGAGGAGAGGCCCCCAUCACCUGUCAUCGAGGUGGACAACCUGGAGGAGUUCGUGCUGCGGCCGGCGCCGCAGGGAGUGACCGUCAAGUGCCGGGUGACACGGGACAAGAAGGGGAUGGACCGAGGGCUUUACCCCACCUAUUACCUCCACCUGGACAACGACAAGAAGGUGUUCCUCCUCGCCGGGAGGAAGCGUAAGAAGAGCAAAACCUCCAACUACCUCAUCUCCAUCGACCCCACUGACCUGUCACGAGGGGGAGAGAACUUCAUCGGGAAGCUGAGAUCCAACCUGAUGGGGACCAAGUUCACGGUGUUCGACAGCGGCGCCAACCCCGACAGAGCCAACGCUGACUGGUCCAAUGUGAGGCAGGAGCUCUCAGCCGUGGUCUACGAGACCAAUGUUUUAGGGUUCAAAGGCCCCCGGAAGAUGACGGUCAUCAUCCCCGGGAUGAACUCCGACAACGAGAGGGUGCCCAUCCGGCCCCGAAAUGAUAACGAUGGCCUCCUGAUGCGAUGGCAGAACAGAAACAUGGACAAUGUGAUCGAGCUGCACAACAAGGCGCCGGUGUGGAACGACGAGACCCAGUCCUACGUCCUCAACUUCCACGGCCGGGUCACUCACGCCUCCGUCAAAAACUUCCAGAUCGUGCACAGCAGCGACC